GGCAUAUGACUCUAUGUAUUUCAUUACUGUUCCGACAUGGAUUGCCUAACAGACAAAAUGCAGUGUACUUUAAACAAGGGUAUAUUUGAGCGAAACGGAAACUGUGAAAUAAAUAUUUCACGGAUUACUACUUGCAAAGACUGUCAGUUAAAAUGGGCGACGUGCUGAAAAUACAGAAAGAUCGAGUCGUUAAACUGGAAGAAUGGGAGCAACGCUGGGAGGAAAACAAAAUUGGCUUUCAUAAGUCACACGUGCAUGAAAUGCUGGAAAGUAACAUUGACAAAAGUUUAUCCGGGCGAACAGGGGUUCGCUUCUUUUUUCCUCUCUGUGGGAAAGCUGUGGAUAUGAAGUGGCUAGCAGAUAUGGGCCAUUCAGUGGUUGGAGUGGAAAUAGCUGAAAAAGCCAUAAAACAAUUUUUCCUGGAGAACAACUUGACCUACAAUGAGGAGCCCGUCCCAGCUAUACCUGGAGCAAAGGUCUUCAAGAACUCUGAGAAAAAUAUCUCCUUGUAUAACUGUGAUCUGUACAGCAUAUCUAGUUCAGUUGUAGGUCAGUUUGGGGCUAUUUGGGACAGAGGAUCAUUCGUGGCCAUUAACCCGCGAGACAGAGAAAAGUAUGCUUCUCUCACCAUUUCUUUGAUGGCCAAUGACUGCAGAUACCUUUUAUCCACGUUGACGUACAAUCCUGAACAUUACGAUGGCCCUCCCUUUGCCGUGCCUGGUGAGCAAGUACAUAGCUUGUUUGGAGAACGGUGCAAUGUAGAGCAGCUCGCAUCAGAGGAUGUCACCGAAGACAGACAUCGUGCUUGGGGUGUUGACUCCCUGAUUGAGCAACUCUACCUCAUCACUCCAAAGAUUAGUUAAAAUAUGUCACAGCUUUAACAAAAUUAGCACAGGGGGGGAAAAAGGAGCAAGUUUUCUUUGUUUGGUUGUUGCCUGGUUACAGUGUUUGUACUAGUGGUAGAAGAGGUGUUUUGCGAAGUUUAAAAAAAAAAAAAAAUCAUCUACAAUGGACCGAGUAGACGGGAAAGGUAAAUUGUCUAUUUUACUACAAUCAAAUAAGAAGGCUUUUUUUGAAUGGUAAUAUUGUGUCAUCGGGGUAAAUGAUCAAUAAUUCUGCUCAGGUUGGUGUACUUCUCCAUUUUGAACAACAGACGGCGCCAAAGCUCAGAAAAGAGCCCAUCUGAAUCCGAAGCUGUCUUAUUUUUCCUUCAUACCUAAUAAAUACAUUUUAUUGUUA